GGGUAAUUUCAUUGAGUCCACUUUUUCUAUUUACCUUUUCACUUAGACCUCUAUCUCCUUAUCUUGAUGAAUGACAAUGUUUGUUUCAACCUCAAAUGCAAGUAAGAGCUACAAAUAUUGGGGAAGUUGAGGUGGCUCAGCAGGUAGAAGCACUUGGUGCAGAAACCUGAUGUUAACUCUCCAGAACCCACUGUGGAGGGAGAGAACUGACUCCUGAAAUGUCCACUGACCUCUAUAUAUAUUCUGUGGCAUGUGUGGGCUAGCAUUCACAUGCAUAAGUGUGUGUAUGCACACACACACAUCCAUAACACAAAGAUGUAAUAUAAAAAAGUUAAAAAUACAUUCUGCAAGGUGAGGGAUAAUACCUGAAAAAUACCUGUGAAUUGAUAAAUGAUUACAGGUGAAAGCAGAGUUGCUUUCCUAAGUCCAAUUCUAGCAGAAUGGCUGCCUUCAGAGUUCGUGUAUAUGCAGUUCUGGAGAAGACAACUAUAGGUUGGUGAACAGGCCUGUGUUUUCCAGGGACCUGAGAGUGGGAGGAAGGAAUUUACUACCCAGGGGCCCACACAAACUUUCUGGAGGAGAAAACCAUUUAAAUCUUGGCUGUGCCACGUAUGUCAAAAAAAAUCACAUAACUAUGUUAACCAAAAGUGAAUGUUACUGGUGUAAAUGAUACCUCAAUAAACCUGACUUUAUAAGACAACUCGAGAAAAACGGAUCACAUUCUAAAAAGAGAAAAAUUGUGUAUGUGGAUGUUUAAGGUAGCAUACAAAAUUUAUGAAUGAAACAGUGCGUCAAUAAAGGAAGCUGGUAACGAGCAGACAGCUAUUCUCGAGGCUGCAGGGACCCAAGGUAACCAAGGUGGCAAAGGGCCUAACUGGCUGCGGGCCAGGCCUUGUGUGGACUGGUGGGGGUGGGUGCAGGGAGACACAGGCGGUUCUGAUCGGUCUGCCGCUAGGCGGAGCCUGGGCCCAAGACUCCAUAUGCAGGCGAACCGGGGGUCCAGGACAUGGAAGCCGUGAGUCAUGGUCGUCCCCGGGACGCUGAGAUCCAGGAGGAUGUGCAGAACUACUAUGGGAAGGUCCUGAAGACAAAUGCAGACCUCAAGACUAAUGCUUGUGUCACCCCAGCCAAGCCAGUCCCCAAGUACAUCCGGGAGGCCUUGCAGAAUGUUCAUGAAGAAGUUACUUCCAGGUAUUAUGGCUGUGGUUUGGUUAUCCCUGAGCGUCUGGAAAACUGCUGGAUUUUGGAUCUGGGUAGUGGAAGUGGCAGAGAUUGCUAUGCGCUUAGUCAGCUGGUUGGUGAGAAGGGGCGUGUCACUGGAAUAGACAUGACCAAGAGCCAGGUGGAAGUGGCUCAAAACCAUCUUGACUACCACAUGGAAAAAUUUGGUUUCCAGGUGCCCAAUGUGACUUUUCUUCAUGGCUGCCUUGAGAAGUUGGCAGAGGCCGGAAUCCAGAACGAGAGCUACGAUAUCGCUAUAUCAAAUUGUGUUAUUAACCUUGUGCCUGAUAAACAGCAAGUGCUGCAGGAGGUAUAUAAAGUGCUGAAGCAUGGUGGGGAGCUCUAUUUCAGUGACGUCUAUGCUAGCCUUGAAUUGCCAGAAGAUAUCAAGACACACAAGGUUUUAUGGGGUGAAUGCCUGGGUGGUGCUUUGUACUGGAAAGAUCUCGAUGUUCUUGCUCAAAAAAUUGGGUUCAGCCCUCCACGUUUGGUUACUGCCAAUAUCAUUACAAUUCAAAACAAGGAACUAGAAAGAUUUAUUGGUGAUUGUCGCUUUGUUUCUGCGACAUUUCGCCUCUUCAAACUCCCUAAGACAGAAGCAGCCAAAAGAUGCCAAGUUGUUUACAAUGGAGGAAUCCCAGGACAUGAAAAAGAACUCAUCUUUGAUGCAAAUUUCACAUUCAAGGAAGGUGAAGCAAUUGAAGUGGAUGAAGAGACCGCAGCUGUCUUAAAGAAUUCACGUUUUGUUCAAGAUUUUCUCUUCAGACCAGUUGGAGAAAUGCUGCCAGGGUCUAAAGGCUGUUCCACAGUGGAAUCAAAGGACGUCAUCACAGAUCCAUUCAAGCUUGCGGAGGAGUCUGACAAGAUGAAGCCCAAACAUGCAUCUGAUGCAGCUGGAGGUUGCUGUGGCAAAAAGAAAUCCGGCUAGAUCUACAGCCAAGAAGCCCCGCCUCUCCCACCCCGGGUGGGCAGGAAGGAGGCUAAAGAAUCGGUCGCACAGGCUUUUUAACGUGCUCUUCCCCAAUGCACAGACCAUGGCAAUAAAUGGCAAAGGCACAUUCAUGAGAAUAAGAAUAAGAUAUUUAGAUAGAUAAUAAGUAUAAGAAUGACUUUAGAAGGCAUCAAAGGUUCAUCCCAAUCACCUAAUUACCUGUUGGUUAACCUUUUUUUCUAUUUCACUAUUUCAGAGUUCUUCUGCCACCUAGUGGUCAGAAGUGGAACUGAACGGUUUAAGGCUUGGUUGAUCAAGGGCCAGGAAAGAGCGUCAAAAUUGGAGGAAGAUGCUAAGGAAGAACAUCUUCCCUCUGGUCUGCCACACGGCACUCUUUGGACUUUUCUCCAUGUUUACUCAUUAAGCAAAGUCUCUACUGAAUUCGGGUGAAUUGUGACAAAAUAUUAGCAAGUCAAAUUUGGUCGGAAUACUCUUGAAGUAACUGUCUUCAGAUAAUUUUUUUCUUUUUGUAAUUGAAUGAAGAAAACGAAUAAUU